GCGUCAUGCGAAGAAGUCGUAUGUAAGGGGAGAUAGCAUAUUCGGUCCUUCUUUCAUUUAUCUGUUCCCAAUUUCUACGACAGCGUGGUGCAUUGAUGUCUACUUCUAGCCUGAUCCCUUCAUAUCGCGAUGGUGCCUUGUGAAACCCAAAGCACCUACCACAUGCCUUUAAAUUACCCGCUAUCCAUAGGACACUUGAUAUCUGCAGUCGCGGUAAUAUCUGUCUCGGCUGAAAUGAUCGACGGUCAAUCAUUGUGUUCUACGGUAGUCGUAACUGCUCCGUCAUCCGGAACUCAACCCACUCGCUGUGCGAGUCUUUUGGUCUGCUGUGUGGAACGAGUGCAUCAGAUGGCACGUCAUGCGUCUUGGAAAGCCGCCGCGAAACUGUGCGUAACGGAGAGCCAAUGGUUGAACAACGGGGAUAAGUUGCCAGUCUUUCAGGACAAUUCUGACUGCCGAUUAAACUUCAUCGGUAUGGCAGCAGAAUCAGAGAAGGCAGGCUGCCUCGUUGCAGGAGAAGAACCCGAACUUCGAAGUAAGGAAAGCGUAGGAGCGCGCGAUGACUUCGUCGUAUUCGAGUUCGUUUGCCAAACGAGGAGCAUCACAGAGAAUGAUCCCGGCACAGCAGCUUGUGAUGAAAACGAAGAGGAUCUGGCCUGCGAAAUGUACAGCAUCAUUCGCACGGCCAUAUCGAACACCGGCCUCGCAACAGACAUCUUCGACGGGCAGGUGGCUCUACGGCGAAACCGCUUGGAGCCCUUCCACGCCUACUUUUUCUUCAGAAAUGGCGAGGCUGCAUCCGUGCUCUCCAAACAGCUGUUGACGAUCCGAUCUGACGACAGCGACGAAGUCCAACAACGAACGAUAGUCCGUUAUCGCAUAUCACCUGACCACGUUCCGCAAGGCAUCCUCGGAAACUUUUACGACUUUAUGGGGUGGAAGCGUCAAUCUUUGAUCCGACAUGACGUGGGUCCGGUUGCACAGUGCGAUUCGGCAGAGGAUAGUACGUAGUCGGCAUGAUUCUUUUUCUUUAUGGGAGGUCGGUGAGUUUUGCGCAUCGUACAUGGGCGGCAACUCGUCCCGGCGUUAUCGUCAUCGAUCGUGUAUGCGAUUUUGUGGGUUCCUUGUGCGAGAGGAGUAGGGAUGCCGUGGACGCGUAUGUACGACGGGGGUGGGUAGCCGUGGUCCACAGUCGAUUUGCGAGGUUCGUGAUUGACUUUGUCACUCCGUGUAUG